CAUUUAAGCAAGACGUCUCAUAUUUGCGAUUCAUUUACAAAUUAGUGUUGUUACCAGUUUAUUAAAGUGAAGUCGUUUAGUGAUCAUAAGUUUUUCUUUUUAUGGCUUUAAUUUAUUCGGUCGGGUCGUAUUCGAUUAUUUGUUGAAAAAAAAAAUGCGGAAAUUGCUUUCGAGGAAGUUAAUAGAGUAGCUCUCGCUGCGCGUCUGAACAAUUAGCAGGUUGUUUAUGAGGCUUUCCGCUAAAUCCCCUAAAAUGCAGAAAAAAUCUGAUCAAGAUAAUUUCGAAGCAAAUCGCUAGAUGUCGUACGCCAGUGCAUCAAACGGCCUUUAAUAUUUUACGCGGCGGGUUUUUCCGAAAUGGCGUACAUAUUUUAGGUUUAUAUGGAUCUGCGUUAUAUACAGUCGGUUUUAUCGUGUAAAAAUAGGGAAAUUCCAGUUAAUUAAGUACAGAAGGCUGGGAUUUUCCUACGGAUAAUAAAUUUUCAGGCGCUAGAUCAAUAAAAAAUGACCACACGGGUGCGCAGCCAUGCUACGAACAGAGCCACUGAGAAUAUGCGGCACUUUCACCUAGAUUUAGUAAUCGACGUUCGGUGUGUGCAUUUCGCGUGCCGUAGUUAACACAAAAAAGACAACAAAACUACGUGAAAACAAAAUUAUAUAAUACAAUCGAAAAGUGACCGAGUGAAACUCGAACUUCACAGUCGGUUAAUGCUGCAUGUUCAACUGCUGCGCGAAUAUUAAAACAAAUGUGCAUUGUUCAGUUGUAUCGUGAGGUUAGUUAAACGGAGGAAUUUGUCUUGAUUUAACACAAGAUGCAGAGUGCUGUUGACGAUAUUCUUAACUACAAAGCGGACGAUGAUUAUUAUACAAUCCUUGGCUGCGAUGAGAAUUCCACGGUGGAACAAAUAAAUGUCGAGUACAAGGUACGCGCGCUUCAACUCCAUCCAGACAAGAAUAAGGGGGACAAAGAAGCGGAAAUUAAAUUCCAAAAGCUGCAGGAAGCGAAAGAUGUUUUGUGCGAUCCCGAAAAGCGCGCUAAUUACGACAAAUGGAAGAACAGCGGCAUCGCCAUCAGCUACAGGCAGUGGCUGGGAAUGAAGGAGCACGUGCACCAGUCGAUGCAUUGGACCACACCGAAAACUAAGGACCGUAUGCUAACGGGGUCCGGAGGAUCGUCUGGCCCGUCGAGCUUGGGAGCGACGUCGAGUCCAGUCCACCGCCGGGCCUCAGAAGGAGGCGCCAACUUGCAUUUUGGAGGGAAGAGCAACUCUCCGUGGUCAAGCGAAGCUCCGAACGAGAUCGUCAGCAAGUUUAGAAAUUACGAGAUUUAAACUAAAUAUUUUUGAUGUCGUUUACUCUUUGCCGUGACUGCAAAUAACUUCACAUGACCUUGGAAAAACCUGUUUGAUGUAAGACUUCCACGUAGAGUUUGUAACCGUUGGUUUCUCAAAAGUCUUCGUAAUUUUGGGAUUAUCCCCCUGGCUCCUUUAUUAAAAACCUUUUCGUCAGCAUCUGUCUACUACCACUUGUUCCAAAAUUAAGUUUCGUCCGACAACUUAAUGAGAUUACACGGGAAACGCUUCUAUAUGCUUCUCUAAAUCAAAAUUUUAACCAAAAUUGUACAUUAUAAAUUUCAACGGACAAUCACCAAAAUAAUGAAAUAGUAAAUUAUUGAAGAAUGCACAUUUUUACCUCUAUUUUUAUAAUGUGCUUUCAAUUUUGACACACAGACCAUAACGACAUAUAAGUCGAAAUAUGUUUUAUAAGAUUUAAACAAAAUUUAAACAAUAAUUUGUUAUUAUAUUAAGUAAUUGUUAUUAUUUUGUUUAGGACAUUUAAGUUAAACCUUCAACAACUUCUUGUCGUGUUUCGUAGACCACAAAAGUCACAUACACAGUAAUUAUUGGAAAGCACAUACUUCUAAAGUAUCUAGGUAUAUACGUGUAUAUAUAUGUCAAUAAACACAUACGUGUGUGUGUUUCUUUUAUAUUGGCGUAUAGAAUCAAUUUUUUGUUGUGAUCGAAUUUUUGCGACUAAUUCGGUUUCCAUGAAAUGGUUACAUAAAAUCAAUUCACUUUUCGCGUACUGUGAAUAAAGGAAAAGAAUUAAUUAACAAGGCCAAUCUAUCGAGCUUACGAUUCAUAUUGUAAUUAAUUUAUUAUGAAAUCAUUGCCUGGCUAGAUAUAACAUAUCUGUAUAUCCUUAUGACUACCAUAGGUACAAUUUUAGUUCGUGAAAAAAAUCAGAAACGAUCAGUAAGUGCAAAAUUAUAAUAGUGUGUGCAAAAAAUAUUUCAGAUGAUUACUUUUUAUAUUUAUUUUGGUAUUACUAAAGGAUUAUGAAAAAGAACAGAUUUAAAUAAAGUAUUAUAAACUUCAGUUUCAUGUGAAUUAUGAAUAAUGGGCUUUAUUUAGAAUUAUGAAAAGGAACAAAGAUUACAUCCGGAACCAAUAUAAAACAUUGCACAAUAAUAUAUUAUUUUUCUUGCGUUUAUGGGUUUUGAUGGUUUUUCACUUAUUGAUCGGAAAAUUUAAGACAGGGACGUAUGUAUGCAACUACACGCAAAUCUGUGUUAUUUUAUAUUUUUACACAAUUUUUUACAAACCGUAUUCUUAUAUAUGUCUAUAUACACACAACUUUUACAAGUUUGCUAAUUUUUAUAUGAAAUAAUAUGUAUUUUGGAUUGUCAUGGAUGACAAUGGUAACGUCAUAAACAAUACCUAAAUAAGGUAAUGCAUUACAUUGGUAUUUUCAUUACAGGAAGAUAAUUGAUAAGUGGUAGUUCAAUUAUGUCAAAAUAUUACGAUAAUCAUGCCAUUGUAAUAUCGUUUUCUUUAACGGUUUUCAAAUGGGUUUGCCGAAUUGUAUAAAAAUAUUUUUUGGUAUUUGUUGUUAAUUAGUUUAUAUACGGUACAUUCUUGUAUAAUUUAUUAAAUAUUUAUUGUAUAAAAAUUGUAACUUUAUGGCUGUGUGAUAAUAGAGAAGGGUGAGAAA